UUUUACACUUCCAUUUCGUCUGUUCACGCUCCUUUCAUGUUUUCAUGCAUUCUCAUUAUGUUCACCCAAUUACUGAUGAAGCACAAAAAAAAGCUGGAUCAGGAGUGCCAAUCUAUAAAAAAUAGUAGUGUGUUUCAUUCAUUUCUAAGUAAUGGCUGAUAGGCGCCAGCACCCAACUAUCACGGAAAAGUUUUCGGGUCAGCUUCAUCUGAGUUCCAGCCACUAUGGGGCCAUCCAGCGGCCUUCCGUCAAUCAAAGGCGUUUUUCAUAUGGAAGUUAUUCAAAUGCAGUAUUGCAAUAUCCCAUGAACCAAGCAUGUCGAGCUAAUGAUCCGUUGGUGGCUUCAGGUGCCUUGCCUGUGUUUGUCCAAGCCCCAAAGGAGAAAGGAUUUUCGGGCUUUGCUAUUGAUUUUCUAAUGGGUGGCGUUUCUGCUGCUGUGUCCAAGACUGCUGCUGCUCCAAUUGAGCGUGUAAAGCUCUUGAUUCAAAAUCAGGAUGAGAUGAUCAAAGCCGGUAGGCUCUCUGAACCCUACAAGGGAAUUGGAGAUUGUUUUAGCCGAACAAUGAAAGAUGAGGGGAUGGUAUCAUUGUGGCGAGGAAACACGGCAAAUGUCAUCCGUUACUUCCCAACUCAGGCCUUAAACUUUGCGUUUAAAGAUUACUUCAAGAGGUUGUUCAAUUUCAGAAAGGACAAGGAUGGCUACUGGAAAUGGUUUGCAGGUAACUUGGCAUCCGGUGGUGCUGCUGGUGCCUCUUCUUUAUUCUUUGUCUACUCUUUGGAUUAUGCUCGUACCCGUCUUGCAAACGAUUCCAAGGCCGCAAAGAAGGGAGGAGAGAGGCAAUUCAAUGGCCUGGUUGAUGUCUACAAAAAGACUCUCAAGUCAGAUGGUGUUGCCGGCCUUUACCGCGGCUUCAACAUUUCUUGUGUUGGAAUCAUUGUGUACCGUGGUCUGUACUUUGGAAUGUAUGAUUCUUUGAAGCCUGUGAUCCUCACUGGAAAGUUGCAGGAUAGUUUCUUUGCUAGCUUUGGUCUUGGUUGGGUUAUAACCAACGGCGCCGGACUUGCAUCUUACCCAAUUGACACUGUCCGUAGAAGGAUGAUGAUGACAUCCGGUGAAGCCGUCAAGUACAAGAGCUCGCUUGACGCUUUCUCUCAAAUCCUUAAGAAUGAGGGUGCGAAGUCUCUCUUCAAGGGUGCCGGUGCCAACAUUCUUCGUGCAGUUGCUGGUGCCGGGGUGCUUGCAGGUUACGACAAGCUUCAGGAGAUCGUGUUCGGAAAGAAGUAUGGGUUCUGGUGGAGCUUAAGUUCAUAUGAACCUACAACUCCACCCCCAUAUAGCUACAGAUAUUUGAUUUGGAACUAA